AUGGACAAUCUUUCUGCUUUGUGGGAGACUUUCUCAUUGACGGAGUCUGAAGGAAGCAAGUAUAACGUUGACGAUGGGGGUUUGGAAGGGAAGUUCUUGUUGGCGGCGAGGUUUUUUACGGUGAGGGCACUGAAUAUAGAGGCAAUCGCAAGAACGUUCAAACCACUGUGGCACACUAAGAGGGGAUUUGAAGUUUGUGAUAUGGGCGACAACCGAAUGUUAUUUAUCUUCUCUGAGAAGUCUGAUGUGGACAGAGUCCUCGCUGGUGAACCAUGGUCUUUUGACAGGUUUUUGGUCGCGCUGAAGAGAAUUGGGAGACAAACGGAGAUGAAAGGUUUGGUUUUUGACAGUGCACACUUCUGGUUACAAGUUCAUGAUCUUCCUAUCAGUAGUUUGAAGUUGAGGGUGGCACAGGACAUUGCAUCAGUUGCAGGGGAAGUCUUAAAUACAGGGGCAGAGGAUGAGGAUUAUGAAGGAAGCCAUUUUUUGCGGGUAAGGGUGAAGAUUGAUAUUACAAAGCUGCUAUGCAGAGGUAGAAAGAUAGGAUUAAGUUCCGGUGAGGAAGGCUGGUAUGUUAGGAAAAUCUUUAAAGCAGGAAGGUUCAUGAUCACAUGA